AUGGGCCGUGAGUCAAUAAUUUAUUUAUGUUACAAUUUCAGAUGGGCCGUGAGUUUGAUUCAAUAAUUUAUUUAUGUUACAAUUUCAGAUGGGACGUGAUAAGCCGCAGGGCGGAAAGCGCAAAGGCCUCCUUAAAAGUGUGAAAGAAGCUCAUCUGGAUGCAAGGAAUUCCAGAGAAGAUGAAAUUAUGAGGAGGCACGAACAGCAGGAGCACCAGCAGCGGCUGUUGCAGCAGCAGCAACAGCAGCAACAGCAGCAGCAGCAGCAAAGGAUAGAAGAACGAAGAGCCGCUGAACGGCGAGAGGUGGAACAGCGGGAGGAGCAAAUCCAGCGCCAUCGGCAGCGGGCAGAAGAGGACCGACUUCGGCGAGAACGCCAACGCGGAGAAGAGGGCCGGCAACAUCGGCGCUGAUGUAACCCUGGUGGUCAAGAUAAUGUGCAAAUCAAGAUCCCGUAUUCCCCCAACGAAAUCAGCUGUGCCAGAUGGGCAGUCUAUUUUUUUUUUUUUUUUUCAUAUAUGUAAAUUCUCAAUUUGAAAGUAGUAAUUCCCUAUAGAUUAGUGCAAGAAAAUGUGUAAAUAAUUUCUCUUUUGUCGAGGUAGCCAUACAACCUUGCAUGCUUUAUUUUACUUCGUUAAUGCUUUAAAACUUGCCUUGCAAUGGAAAACCAUGUAUUGUUUAAUGGUAACUAGAUUAUUACUGCAUGUUUCAUAAGAAACAAUGGAAGAGAAAA